UGGGUUAGUUAUAAAGACGACCUUUCCAAUAGAUUGCUCUAUCAAGGACCUUUACCAGGAUUUCAACACAUUGCAUGUGUACAGUACAGUAUACAGUACAGAGCAACGGUAGCUAGCUACUAUACUCAAGACGAAGCAAUGGGAGGCAAGAAGAAGCGAGGAGCUAAAGCGAAGGCGCCACCUAAAGACUACAGUGAUAUGUUAAACCCUCCAGAGAGCAAGGAGGAUUAUGUGGAGGAACUAGAAGAUUUAGAGUUGUCUGAUGACAAGACUGACCAGGCUCUAGUGACACACCAACCGCCUGCACAAGAAGAGGAGAUAGCCACUCCAGUAGCAGCAUCACUUCAAGAGCCGGCAGACGAGGAUGCAGGAGCAAUAGGGUCGGUGGGUGCGACUGGUCCACUAGAUGAUGGUGAUGAGGUACCAAAAGAAAAGAAAAUGACAAGAAAAGAACUGAAGAAGCUCAAGAAGAAAGAGGAGUUUGAUCGUAGAAUGGCAGCAGAGGAGGCCACCUCUCAGUUCUCAGUGUCCCAGCGUGAGGCGAGGCAGAGAGACGCUCUCCUGGUCAGCACAACAGAUAUUAAGGUCGAGAAGUUCUCUAUAUCAGCUGCUGGCAAGACACUGUUCAGUAACGCUGACCUACUCAUCACUGCUGGCAGGAGAUAUGGACUAGUAGGGCCAAAUGGGAUGGGCAAGACAACACUGCUCAACCACAUCGCUGAGCGUAAACUGACCAUCCCCCCCAACAUAGACGUGCUUCUGUGUGAGCAGGAAGUGGUGGCCAAUGACACUCCAGCAUUCAAUGCUGUCCUCAAUGCUGACAAGAAGCGACUUGCUCUCCUACAGGAGGAGAAAGAUCUAAUGGCAGCAGGAGAGGCCGGGGAUGAUUCAGGCUCAGAUAGACUGCAGCAGGUUCAUGUAGAGCUGGAUGCUAUUGGAGCGUACUCUGCUGAGGCACGUGCUCGACGUAUACUAGCUGGCCUUGGGUUCACUGUGGAGAUGCAAGCACGAGCCACACGCAAGUUCUCAGGAGGUUGGAGAAUGAGGGUCUCUUUAGCAAGGGCUUUGUUCAUGGAGCCCACUCUGCUCAUGUUGGAUGAGCCGACUAACCAUCUAGACCUCAAUGCAGUCAUCUGGUUGGACAGCUAUCUGCAGAGCUGGAAGAAGACAUUGUUAGUGGUCUCUCAUGACCAGAACUUCCUCAAUGAUGUGUGUACUGAUGUCAUGCAUCUUGACAAUCAGAAGCUAUCCUACUAUCGUGGCAACUACAAUGCCUUCAAGAAGAUGUAUGGGCAGAAGUUCAAGGAAAUGGAGAAAGCGUAUGACAAACAAGAGAAGAUGUUGAAGAGCCUCAAAGCUCAUGGAAAGUCUAAGAUAUCUGCUGAAGCUACCACUAAAGAUGUCCAAACCAAGAAGAAGAAAGUGACUGGAAAGAGGGCAGUUGUUGAGGAAGAAGAUGAUGGUCCAGUAGAGCUGCUCAGUAAACCCAGGGAGUAUCAGGUCAAGUUCUCCUUCCCCAACCCCCCUCCCCUCAACCCCCCCAUACUAGGGGCCUAUGAUGUCAAGUUUGGCUACCCUACUCAACCAACUUUGUUCACUUCCCUCAACUUUGGAAUCAGCAUGGACACAAGAGUGGCUGUGGUGGGACCAAAUGGUGUGGGCAAGUCAACAUUUCUCAACCUCCUCAUUGGACGACUAGAUCCAUUGGAUGGAGAGGUGAGAAGAAACCACAGACUGCGUAUUGGAGUGUAUAACCAGCAUGCUGCAGAUCAGCUGGAGCUAGCAGAGUCACCCUCCGAGUACCUCAUGCGGAAGUUCAAUGUGCCCUACCAGCUCUCCCGGAAGACUCUUGGUCGCUAUGGGUUACCAGGACACGCCCAUACCAUCAAGAUACGAGAUCUGUCAGGAGGUCAGAAAGCUCGAGUUGUGUUUGCUGAGCUGGCACUGAUGGAACCUGACAUCCUUAUCCUAGAUGAGCCUACAAACAAUUUGGACAUUGAAUCCAUUGAUGCUCUAGCAGAAGCCAUCAAUGAAUUCACUGGAGGUGUUAUCUUGGUGAGUCACGAUGCUCGGCUGAUCCAGGAGACGUCAUGUCAGCUGUGGGUAAUUGAGGAGGCAACAAUCAACGAAAUAGAUGGUGACUUUGAUGACUACAAGAAGGAGGUCCUCCAAUCACUGGGAGAGCUGGUGGAAUGAACACUCAAUCAACACACACACUCUCUCAUUAUUAUGGACAAUGGACAAUCAAUUUAUUAAUUAUGGACAAUUUACUUUCUUAAGUUAUUAUCGUGACGUGUCUGCUUGUGCAUAACGUGUUGCCAUUAAUUAACUUGUUACAAGUCUUUAAA